AAAAGUGAACAAUUAAUAAUUAAUAAGUGGAAGGAAGAGGAGAAUUGAAAGUCUUGAGAGAAAUUGUCAAAGUAUUGUUAUUGUCAACGAAAACAAAAGGUUUGGAACUAAUACAACAAUGCCACCAAAAAGGAAUGCUGCGGAGGCAGUGAUAUUUCUUGUCAACGUUGGACGUGAAACUGCCGAAAUUCUCGACAAUGAAAAUCAGUCAUUUUUGGACAAAGCCAAAACAGUCAUUCGGCAAAUUUUAGAGCGAAAAAUAUUUCUUCGAAAAAAAGACGCUGUCAAUAUAAUAUUGUUCGGCUCGAAUGAAACCGACAAUGAUGAAAAUAUUGAUAAUAUUUUUCAAUUUGAAUCUGGAUUGCAAGUUCCAGACUGGGAAAUGGUCGAGCGAGUUCUCGAUCUAAGAGCAACGGAACAUACUUCAAAUUGGGUUGAAGGAUUACACGUUGCCCUUCGAUUUGCUCAGUUUAAGUGCACUGAUUUCGAAGAUGUUAAAGUCAUUGUCAUUAACAACUUCAAAGAAAGCCAAGAUGUAAUUCAACAAUUUAAUGCAAAAGAUGUUGCCAGCGAAAUUUUCAGCUCACAUGUCAAGUUAAUGUUCAUAAGCAACGAGGAUUUAUUUGGAAGAAACAGGGAAGAUUUAAAUUUAAGUGAACAACUUGCAGUGAGAGUUUACCGUGAUGUCGAAAGAAUGACUCCUGGUGGUACUUCCUGCGCUUAUGAUCAAAUUGACAAUUAUCUGCUGGUGACUCGAUUCUAUAAGAAUCCACCGGUGAAACCUACUCCUUGGGAGAGUUUCAUGAAAAUUGGAAGUAUUUUAAUUCCCAUACAAUCCUACGUGAAGGUUACAGAGCCUGCUCCUUUUCCCAGUUGGAAACUAACGACUCGAAGUGAUUCUGUUGGAUUUCCUCCAGAGACCGAUGCCGGUGUUAAGCGCACCAGAGAACUCGUGGAUCGUCACAGAAAUGUUGUUGACGAAGCAAACACCAAUAAAGGCUAUAAAUAUGGUGGACAAUUCGUUCCUCUCACAGAUAACGAUAGAGAAAGGGCAAAACUCACGGGAACGGUAAAAUCUUUAACUGUUCGUGGAUUUGUGAAGAUAGAAGAAGUGUCAUUGGAACAUUGGUUUGCGAAAGGAGUGCAUAUUAUUGUUCCGGAAUGUAAUUCUCAAGCGAAGGAAAAAUUCUAUUCUUUAUUAAUUAACAUGAAAAAAUUAGGUUUGGUUGCAAUUGUGAGAAAAGUUUAUCAAACCAACAGUCAACCUAAAAUGGGUAUUUUAUUUCCACGCUUCGAGAAAGGUGAAAUUGCGUGCCUGGUGCACAUUGGACUUCCGUUCAUUGAAGAGCGACGUGUUUUAAAACCGAGAGAGGAAGUAAAUUCACUGAAUGAGGAGCAGAAGCAAGACAUUGAUAAUUAUAUUGAUGCAAUGACAAUCUCCGAAGAUGAUGAGCGUUUUCGGCCAGGAAGUUUUUGCAAUCCCUUUAAGCAAACUAAAUGGGAUCAUUUGUCUAAUCGUGCACUAAAUCGAGAUCCACCACUGAGUAUGGAUCAAUAUUUGAUUGAUUUGGUUUCCACCCCGAGAGACCUUUUGGAAAGAAGUCAGCCGGCUUUGGAAAGAUUGGCAACAUGGGUCAAGCCUAAACCUGUGGUUAUUAAAAAGAAAGAAGAUGAAAAUGAGCCCAUUGUCAAAGUUGAAGAAAAUGAUAUAAAAACCGAAGAAGAACUGAUACAAGCAGCAAUAGAAGCUGAAAAAGAAAUUAAAAAGAAGGAUGAAAUUUUCAAUGAAAUCAUGCAAACUUCCAUGAAUGAUGAUGAUGAUCAUCUUUUCGACGAUCUUUAAUGGACCAUCAAAAAUAUCUAAUUGAUUGGGCGAAUAAAUUACAUGAAAUGUAAUUAAUUAUAAAUAAUUUUGUAAAAUGGAUUUAAAUAAAACCUCUAUUUUGUAA